GAAGAUGUUUUAUUUGAGACAAAUUUUGAGGUAAAGUGAAGGAUAGUUAAUAUGCCAUUGGAUUGGGGAGAGAUCUUUUAAAAAUUCUAGUUCUAAACUUAACUAUCAAAUAAAAUGAGCACUUCUGUGUAAAAAAUAGAAGAUAAAAGAGGAUGAACAUAAAUCAAUUAACAUCUAUUAUAUAUAGCUUGCCUAUUCUUUUAAGUACAUAAUAAAUUCCAAACAUAACUUUCAGAAUUGUUCUGCUUCUCCAUGUUUUUUUUCUGCCUUUGCUUCUUUUUUAUGCAUAAAAUGUAUUAAUAAGUCUCUGUGUCUGUCUGUCUCUUCCCUCUUCCUUUUAUUUCUCUUUCUUCUUUUCUUCUUGUCAGUUUAAGAGGAACAGCAGUGCAGUUGAAAAGAAUUGAAGUCUGGAUAUCGGGGGUUCAGAUCCUGCCUCUAAAACUAGCUCUCUGGGACACUGGGCAGCUAUAACUAGGCAUAAGGGCUCUAAGCUUCAGUUUCCAUACUACUGUCACGGUAAUAGAGCUAAAGGGUAAAGGGAGGUGGUCUAAUUGUAGCAGCCUCCGGUGCCACUCCUUUAGACUCUGCUCCUUUGGAGGCUAGGGGCGCUCUUCUCAGCCUUAUAAAAAAGCCAAAGGGCAGUGCUGGCUGCUGAAAGCCCGAGAGCAGGGUAGACGAAGCUGUUUCAGUCAGGGUCUGCAGCCGCACUUGUUGCAGAGGCCCCUGGCGUACGCGACUCGCCAUCCAGGGCGGGGCGCACUCAGGGUGUCCCUCUCCAAAAGGCGAAGCUGCGCCGUGCGCUGCAGGGAAUUCCCAGCUGCGCUGGGUAGGCAUGGUGAACACAAUUGAGCUCAGCUGCAGCUAGAAAGUCAGCAAUCAUCUUCCCCGCCCCAGGGCUUCAGAGGAGAUGGGGCGCUACUCCGGCAAGACUUGCAGGUUGAUCUUCAUGCUUGUGCUCACCGCCGGCUUCUUCGUGGCGGAGCUGGUGUCCGGCUACCUGGGCAAUUCCAUCGCCUUAAUCUCCGACUCUUUCAACAUGCUGUCGGAUCUCAUCUCGCUCUGCGUAGGGAUCAGUGCCGGUUUUAUCGCUCGUCGCCACACCAGAGGCGCCCGGGCAACUUAUGGCUACAGCCGAGCGGAGGUGGUGGGGGCAUUGAGCAACGCAGUCUUUCUCACGGCCCUCUGCUUCACCAUCUUCGUGGAGGCCAUUCUGCGCCUGGUCCGUCCAGAGCGUAUUGAUGAUCCAAAGCUAGUGCUCAUCGUAGGGGCCCUGGGACUGGCAGUCAACGUGGUGGGUUUGCUGAUCUUCCAGGAUUGUUCCUGGUUCACUUGCCGUGGCCGUCGCCGACGGCGACGUCUCGAUGACAGCAAAAGAGAACCCUCCGCUCCCCUCGAUGCAGUUAGAACGCAGCAGCUGCAGCCGUCUGGAUCACCUGCUGUAGUACCGGGUUCAGAUUCGGCCCUCACUCUUAGGGUGGCCUCCAGCCCUCCAAAGGAGAAGGCGGCGGCUCUGCAGCCCAGUGAAGCAGGUGAUUCCCUGAACAUCCAGAAUGAACCUGAAGAGAAUAUAAAAAAAGAGAAAAAGUCUGAAGCCCUGAAUAUCAGAGGUGUUCUUUUGCAUGUCAUGGGAGAUGCACUAGGAUCUGUGGUAGUGGUAAUCGCUGCUAUCAUCUUCUAUGUGCUUCCUUUGGAUGUAAAUGCUCCAUGUAACUGGCAGUGCUACAUUGACCCAAGCCUCACUAUUAUCAUGGUCAUCAUCAUUUUGUCAUCUGCCUUUCCACUCAUCAAGGAGACAGCAUCCAUUUUGCUACAGAUGGUUCCCAAAGGCAUCAAUUUGGAAGAAUUGGUGAGCAAGCUAUCCAAUGUGGCUGGAGUUAACAGCAUACAUGAAGUGCAUGUCUGGGAACUUGUAAGUGGGAAAAACAUUGCCACUCUUCACAUCAAGUGCCAAAAGGGCAAAGAUUACCGAGAUGCCAAUUUCAAAAUGCGAGAAAUUUUCCACAGUGUGGGGAUCCACAAUGUAACUAUCCAGCCAGAAUAUGUGGACCAAAAGGAAUCCUUGGAGCAGGAAUGGAUGCUUUUCUGCAACUCACCCUGCAUCUCCAAAGCCUGUGUGAAACAGCUCUGCUGUCCUCCUGAAACACAACCACUUACCCAUGUCAAUGGUUGUACAGAGCCCAAUGGUUUCCCCCCAACUGCAACAUACAGAAGUGAUGGUUUAAGUAUAAAUGAAACAGCUGCAAUUGUCAUUGAAGCGGACGGUCUGAGUGACAGUGGGCAAGCUGCUAAAAAGGUGCAAGGAGAUCUGGUCUUUGUCAAUAGCACACAUUUUUAAUUUGGUUUUGACAUUGAAAGUCACUGAUUGAGAAAAGAAGUUUAGCCAUCAGUCAGCUCUAGUUAUGUGGGAAGGGCUCCCUGAGCUGUCACCAUCGACCAAAUUAAUAAUUUAAUUCUGUGUUAAAAUAAGGUGUUAAGUCCUUUUAAAAAUAUUUGGCAGUUUUAAGAUUCACAAGCCUUUCCCACACACCAUCCUGGGCAGGUGAACAUUGUUAGACUUAUUCACAUGCUUAUCUGAACAUCUUUUUAAUAGAUUUUGUUUGAGCAAUUAUUUCCUGAGAUAAAUUGAGAAAGUAUAGAAACAACAUGAAUUGCAGACUAGAAUUCAAUGAGUUUGGAGGAUUAGGAUUUGAACCACCUUCCCCUUCCUUGCGGUCAUUUUUGACUGAGUUCUACUCCAGCCCACUCUGAAGUGAGCUGAUGAAUAUGCCUAUUUAUUUAAAAAAUAUGUGGAAGCUCAUAAUAGUUAUGUUUUCCUAAGACCCAACAUAAUAGUAAUAAAUUUCACAGUGGUGUUCUACCCUUCCCCUCCAUCUCUCAACACCUUGGUUUAUAUUUGAAAGAGAAUAAAAGAAGGACUCAAUAAUCUGGAAAAGGCUCUCAGGAAUAUUGGAAGGGAUCAUUGAGUUCAACAGAAAAAAAGGUUUUUUUUUCCCCCCUUAGUAACAUAUUUGCUUUCAAAGAUGGAGAAAAAGUGAUUCUUGUUUUUUUCCCCCUUACUUCCUUUAUUUUUUUAUUUUAUGAAGAUAACCACAACUAUAGGGUCAAGAAGUAUUGAGUAAAGAUUUUUCUCUCUUUAUAUUUUCAGAAAAUAAACCCAUAUUUAGGGUAGCAUACAUUUCCUGUUUUGCACAGUCAGUCUAUCCAUUUGGGGCUACUCUCUUUUAUUGCUUUGAUCAAGACCUAGCCAUUCAUUUGAAUCUUCCUUCAGGCAUUCUCUUAGAUGAUCUCAUAUGUUCUCUCUGUCAUUAGCCAGAAGAAGGAAAUCAUCAUUCAGAUCUUUAAAUAUGAGACAUUUAAAUUUUCAUUUUUAUUGAAUAAAUAAGCUAGUUUGUAGCCCUAUACCCAGUCUAGUCAGUGAUUUUCCUUUAAUUAUGCAUCUUUUCAUGUAUUUAUUUAACUUGUCAUUUUUAGUAAAUUGAUAGGAAAAAUGUAUGUUAGCAGAAAGAAAGAAACAGAGAUUUAUUUAAUUAUAACUUUGUAAGUAUUCUGAGGGGUUUGAAACUUUCUUUUGUUUCUGAAUUGUCCACCCAAUUGAAAUAGACAUACAAUUAAUAUAUGGUUCCAACUUUGUUAUUGUUGAAGGGCACAUCAUCCUUUUAAUUGUUAUUUAAAUAUCAGUAUUUUAUUGGAGUGUGAGAAUAAGGAGUUGUUUAAGCUUGGAGCCUCCCAUGAUAGGUGAUGGGGUUAGGUAAAGAAGCAGCUUUUUAAGACAUUUUACAUCUGAGCCCUCUUAAUAUGUUAGCACAUGAAUUUCCUGUUAUACUGAGUCAGUAAAGGCAAUAGCAUUUUCCAAUUUAAUUUAGACUAGUUCAUAUUCUCUUAGUGAGUUCUAGGGACAAGAACAAUUACAUUAACUCAGAUGAAAAAUAUAAUUUCCUCCUUGUUGCUGCUUGAAAAUGUAUCCGAUUUUCUUAUCCAAGUCUUCUGCCAUGAGAGAGGGAAAUUGAAAACCGACUUCAUGGAUUUUCAAUUCCCAGAGAGUAUUUCUACCCCCUUGGUAGAUAUGGCAAUAUGCACUUUAUAGCUUUUCAGAAAGUUUUAUAGCAAAAUUGAACUAGCAAAAACAAAAACAAAAAAAAAACAAAAAAACCCAACCCAUUAAGACAUAGUACAAAUGAACACAAAGUAGGAAACCAUGCGAAGUUUAUAUUGCUAAUAUCUUGGACAUAUUCUACUAUUUUAAAUAUUAAUGAAGGUGGCUUUGCAAACCUGCAACCAAAGAAAUAAUUUGGCUUUUCUUAUCAUCUUAAAUGAGUAACUUUUGUAACAUUCUGCUAAUACAAGGGUGGUAUAGUUUUGUGAAAAUUGUAUUAAUAGAUUGUACGUUGGCUAGCCGCCAAAUAGCUUUUAAGAUUUUGUGUGUGUGUGUGUGUGUGUGUGUGUGUGUGUGUGUGUAAAAUUCUGUUAGCUGCCUAUUUUGAAAUGUGGGAAAAAAACCUCUGCCUCCAAUAUAUUAAGUACCAUUUAAGAAAAUGUGUCCCAUUCACACUGCUAAAAGUACUGAAACCAUUUUGUAAUUAAAUAAUAAUGCAUUGUUUCAAUUUAGUCUGACAAACAUUUACCAAGUGUCUGCCCUGUGCAAGAUACUGUGCUAGGUACCACAUUGGUUGACACUAUUAAGAAUGCUGAAUAUUUGGGUAACGAUGAAAUAGAUUCCUUUUUGUUUUUGAUCAAACAGAUCCUUUUUUUUUUCUGGAGUAGAAAAACAUCAUACUUAUCCUUUCUCUAUUUAUCUGCCUUUCCCCGUCUUCAUUUCUAACCCCUGCCUUCAUAUGCAGAAGUAUUUUCCCCUAAUCUCUAUUCCUUCCCCUCCCCCCAUCUCCAUCUGCUAACCUAUUAUUGGCGGCAGCAGCAGCAAAAUAUUUCUCUGAAACCAGACAAAUAUCUGUUUGAUGUUUCUUUUUGUCUAGAAUACCUGAAAAUGAUUUUAUUUUUCAAAGAAUAUAAUUUUCAAAAAUUCUCCAAACAUCUUUCAUGUGGGUUAAUUUGAGGCAAGCUGCUUGCUACCCUGUAAUGCAUUAAGAAAAUGUCAUCCAUAUAUAUCCAUCUAUAUAUAUAUAUAUAGCUAUCUAGUGGGUUACAUUCAGCCCUUAGCAUAGUGCCUGGCAUAUACUAGGUGCUUAUUAAAUGCUUGUUGGCUUGACUUGAUUUAUUUAGUAUAGUAAAUAUUAUACUUUUGAAUAAAUCAGGAGGUACAAGAAUAAGAUGAAUCUGUGAAGCUAGGACAAAUAAUGAGGGAAUAUAUGAGGCAGAUUUUGAUAAUAUGACAAAAAUUGUUUUUAAUGACGAAUAGAGAUAUUAAAAAGGAAAUGGGCUGCCUCAUGAAGUCUUUUAUCCUUGAGAAUAUUCAAGCAGAAACACGUGAUUAGUUAUGUGUCAGACUUUAAAAUACCCUUUACAUUAUUUUGGCCCCAGUUCAAGGAAAUAUUAGCUCUGUUUUUAUUUUGAAACUUUAUUUUCUAAAUAAAGGAGUAUAGAUUUAGUACUGCACGGAUCUCAGGAGGUCAUCUAGCCCACCUCCAUCAUCUUAUAGUGGAAGAAAUUGAGGAAGUUCUAUGACUUCCAGGGCUCAGAGUCAUACAAAGUACUAAUCAUCAGGAUUUGAUGAUUACUUUAAUCCUUUAAUCAAAGGAUUUGAAUAUCGUCAAUCUAAUUACAAAAAUAUGAAGAUAUUCCUCUACCCUGUGCUGCCUGUGGACAAAAGACAGGAUCACUAAUGACAAAUGGUUCUUUAUCAAUUCUCUAUUAAAUAAAUAUUUAAUAUAGAGUUAGUACCAGCAAGCUUCACUUCAAGUGGAACUGUUUCAUUACAUCAUAUUUCCUCUCAGGUUAUUGAUAAAGUGUCUGUCCAAAAGGGAGAGAAAUGAUUUGAGUAAAUAUAUUAGGAAAGAGAUGGCUUGCAUUGUAUCCAGAUCUAGAAAAUGAUUAAUUCCCACAGGCAACUAUGUAAAAGCAGCAUGGUGCAGUGGAAAGAGAGCUGGGCUAGGAGCCAGAGGACCCAGGAUUGACCUUGAACAAAUUGCUUUAUCUCUGGGCUUUAUUUUUCUUAUCUAGAAAAUGGGGAAAUGAAAAUAGAAAGUAUUUGACUGAAUGAUCCUGAAGAUGUCUUCUGUCUCUAAAUCUACAUAGUAUAUAAUGUCUAUCCAUAUUUACUAUUGUGCUUUCUUUCCUGGCUGAAAAAAAAAACUCUACUUAUGAAUAAAUCAAAAGACACAGGAAUUAGGAGAAUUUGUUAAGACCAAUAGUGAAGGAAUACAAUGAGGCAGAUUUGGAUCUAAUCUCCCUCCAGAAUUUAUGACAAUUAGAGAUGUUCACAUGGAAUGGGCUGCCUUAUAAUAGUGCCUCUGGUCCUGAGAGUGUUCAAGCAGAAACUGGAUAGUCUUGUGUCAGAAAUUUCUGCAUUAAAGCAUUGAGACUAAGUGACAAAUAAAAGCCCAUCAGGUCUCUGUGAUUCUAUAGAAUGGACACUUUCUUUUAAAGUAAUCACUGUUCUGGAGAAUUGUAUUUUCGCAAAUUGUUUAUUGUGAGGUGACCUUUGGAAUAUGCUUAUGAUCUUACCUAUAUUUUGUUUAAGAGCCUUAAAUAAAAAUCUAGAAGUUGAGAAAACACAUAGUUCUAUCACAGAGAUUGACCAUAAGUGAAAAGUGAUUGGGUGAUAAAUUCAGCUAGUUAUCUCAGUACUCCAUGAUUAUUAACUUAAAUUCAAUUCAUUCCAAUGAUAACUACUGUUAGCUAAGAAGUUACUCUGAAAGCUUCCUGGUCAUUUAUGUCUAACCUUAUUCUUUCCCCAUUCUCCUUAUAUUUAUUUUUAGAUGUUAAAUAUCUAUUUUCUUCCUUUUCCUCUGUAGAAUCAAAAUUCUAAAAAAAAACCAACCUCACUUUUUACUAUCUUUAUGUUGGGAUUGUUUGUUUUAGAGUGAGGAAAAAUGACUUGUUUAAGAUUUCAUUUUUUCUCAGUCAUGUGAUCAGCCAACAUCUGCAUAACUUGUUCUACAGCUUCAUGGUACCUCUGUGCCUUUAAUCUGAGUUGCUCAAUGUAUUUGUAGCCUUUAGGUAGGAUAAGAUGGUAGAACUAUAAAGAACAAAAUCAUCAUCAGACUGUAAGCAUCCUGUGGCAUUUAAACAUUUUGAGGGAUCUAGAAUCUCACUGAUGCGGUAUAAGAUGGGUGUUUGGUCUAUCACCAGGUAUUUUAUUCUGGACCAGUUUGUUGAAAUAGGAUUUUAUCAAAUAUUAUUUGGGAGAAGAAUCAGAAAUCUUCUUUUGCCAAAUUCCAGAAAUUGUUCCUGGGCUGUGACUUGCAGUGGAAAUCCAUAUGGAUAGGACAAUACUUCUUCAAAGAGGGGGGAAGCCAAAUGGAGUUGUGAGCUUUUGUUACAGUAUUGUGGAGUUUUGUUGCCUAAAAUCUUUCUUAGUCCUCACGGACAAUUCCCACCCCCAACCCCCAAAUGUAACCGUGACAUUAGGGAGAAAUCCUUUAUGAACCUCUCCAAUGUAAAGGUUUGAUAAUUUGUUAUUAACCUGCAUGUGAAAUUCCUCAGUAAUUUAUGUGCAUUAAUGUGUAUUUUUUAAAGUGAAAGAAGUUCAAUGGUGCUAUAAAUAAAAAUGUUAUUUUUAAAAUAAAAA